UCGGCGCUAGACGUAAAAAAAGACCACAAAGAAGAAGAAGUAAAAAAACGAAGCGGCGCUUACGCAUCAAAAUUAGUGCGCCGUUAAUGAAGAGACGUUUUUCCCAAAAUUGUCGGCACAGGAAAGAAGAAAAAGAAGUGGAAAAAAACACACAUUUAACCGUAAAAUAUCUGCAAUAAUUGCACGUUGUUUUUUUCUUCUUUUCAAUCAAAUGAUUUUGAUUAAUUUUUUUUCGUUAUGCAUUGAUUCGACUCGUACAAUGUAUUUUAUAACGAUCGAGUUAUUUUUUUAAUCGUGUGCACAUGUUUCCGUUAUGGCGAAUUUUAUCGAGUGUUUAUGUACAUUUAAGGCCAUGAAUUGACGUGGAGAAGAUAAAAAAUAUAAGCAAAAAAGCGAAAUAAGAAGAUAAAAUUACACUUGAAUAAACGUAUCGAAAUAAAAACUAACAAUCUCCUGGGACAUCAAAUCGAAAUAGUGAGAAAGAGUGUCUACAAGAUUUAAAGCAAACAAGAGAGACGAGAGCGAUUUUUUUUUCUAAAUAAAAGAAACAAAACACAACAACACAUCGUACAAUUUUUUUGUUUCUUUUUUUGGGGAUUUUUUUGUCGUCAUAUUGGAAUGUCAUAACAGUUUCGACUGGACACAACGAACAUUAAAUGACAGCAUACGAAGCAACAACGAUUUACCAAAUCGGGCAACAGCGACUUUGUCUUGCAAAUACACAUAACCAAAUCAACUCAUUCGCAUAUCGACACCGAAUCAAAAAUAAUGAGAUCGUCUCAUUCGCCCACAAUACGGUCGCGAUACGACUAUUACUAUUCCAGCAUGUCGCCCGCAUCGUCAGCCGCAAAUUUUUAUGACAAUCAAAAUCAGAGCUUAUUUGGCGAUCCGAUAACCCCGUCCAUGGAUUUUCUCGAAACGUUAGACAAUCAUUUGUAUGGCAGUUUUCGGCGCGGUAGCUCACACACGGUUCCCGUGCCCCCGGCAGCAGUUGAAUGUACGAAUGAAGCGUUUAUCGAUGAUUUUAUGGAUGCACAAAAUAGUGCGCAUCGCUUGCAAAUGUCGGCCAAACAUCAUCAUCAUCAGCGACCAUCAAAAGAUCGAUCAGCACCACCGGCGCCAGGUGAUUCAGCGUUUCGUGAUGAAUUCCGGUUUGAUAAUAAAAGGCGUUCCAGCUCAUCAUUCUCCGAUGAAUUUCGUGCCAAUUUAGAUACAUAUGGGUCUGAAAGUGAAAUCAUGGUUCCGACAGCGCCAAAACGACUUUUUCCCGAAGAACCAAUCAAUUAUCGGAAUAUCAUACCGAUCCAGUCGAGCGAUUCACAAAGUAAUGGUCACGAUUGGAUUCGGCCCCACAUUAAUGACGGUUGGAAAGGAUACCAGCGGCCAACGAGUAGAAAUGUUAUGCACAUUGACCAUGGCAGCGCAAUGACGGCGGUUCUGCCCGAAUCAUCUACACCGAGCAGCGGCGGUGAUGAUAUCCGAUCGGCAAGUGGUCAUCAUGUUAGGCAAAUUCAAGUUCUUCCAUAUCAAGAUAAAAAUAGUCGACCAGCAACCGUGAUAGGCACACGGCCAAUCACAAAUGAGUCAUCAUCUGAAGAUUAUUUAAGCACUGCAAGCCCGCCGAAACGUGACGUUAGCCCGGCUAUCGUAACCAGUACGAUAAAUACGGGGUCAGAAUUUAGAUUGCAACCAAGUCGACUGCAUAAGAAGACGUCAUUUACAAUAAUCAAUGAGUUGGAACCGAAUCAAUCGCGACCGGCCAGUCCAACGGGUGGUCGAGCGUCACCGUUCCGUGGCAAAGGAUUUCGGGUUGAAUCAAGCAAGAGAUUUUCACGACCUGUGUCUUGCCCAGAAUCACCACGAAAUAUGAUGGAGAUGGACACACCGUCAUCGCACGAUGACUCCCACAUCCAAACCAAGCCGAGUGUACAUUUUAAUAUUAUACCACCGAUACCGCGGAAACGAACGGCAAUCCGUGUCAUUGAGGCCACCACCGAUGAAAAUGACAGUCGUGGAUCGUACGGUGAUGUGAGCUAUCAUGAUCGUGACAUGGAAAGUUUUACAGAAAAUGGCCAAAUACGAUCGUCGGCGAAUCUUAGUCGACGCGGUUCGUUACGAGGUCCAAAACCAUCACCAGCACCUCGUCAUCAUAUUCAACGCUCGGCUGAUGAUUUGCUGUUCACUCAACCGAUUGUGAAUCCACGUAGCUAUCACAAAGGUUUAUUAGGCGUUGUGAGUGGUGGUGGAGCCGUUCAACCAUCGCGAAUACCACGACGAAAAAGUAGCGUAUCAACGCCAAACAUCUCGCGAAAUAGUAGCAUAUCGAUGGUGAGGCGAGACAGUCGAAUGUCAAAUAGUACGGAUCGUUUUAGUAAUCGACGGGACAGUUCUUCGGUGUCACCGAGACGACGACGAAAAAGCAGCAACGAAUUGGGUGGUUCAAUGAUUGAUUUGGGCAUGGGACCGUCAACAUCACUGGCACCAUCCCGAUCGCUAAACCGAAUUUCCAAGCCAACCACAUUAUCGCCGAUCGUUGGCACACCAAACAAAGACUGUGACCAAGAUUCAUCGCGUUGCGGGAACGAUGCGAUGGAUGGUCGAAAGUUUGGCAACGAUUCACCGACCAAAAUCCCCAUUCGACGAUCGAGCAGUAUUAAUGUGAACGGCGGCAGUCGGGCCGGUUCGCGAGUAAAUUCAAGAGAAACAAGUCCAAUGAAAGGGUCAAUGAACAAAUCGCCAACAAAAAUACCGCAAAAAAUCAAUGCGAAAGCUUCGUCACCGUCAAAAGGUGCCAAAAUUGAUACAAAAACUGGAAGCACAAAAUCCAUUCCGAAUUCGGUGAACAAAGAAUCAUCCAGUGCAAAGAAGGAGCCGGCAAUCAAUCGCGAAAAAUCGAGUGUGAAAAAAGCACCGCCGGCCACAAUCAAACGUGAACCAUCCACCCUCAAACGGCAACCAUCGAAUCUAAAACGUGAAAAUAGCCAACAAAAAUUAAAACGAGAAAAUUCCAUGAUCGGCAUCGGAGGCAGCAACAGUGGAGCAACAGCCAAACCGAAUGCCCGACGUGAUCCAAAUACAUCGACACUAUCGAAAAAUCAAUCCGAUUCCAGUCUGGCAAAACGAUUGGAAAAGAAAAAUAGUUUUAAACAAAAGCGACGAACCAGCUCGGAAUCGGAUGGACUGAAUGAAAUAAACACUGCCAAUUUAAGUGAUAAAUUAAUUCCACUAACGACAAAAUCGAAUGGUGUAUCGAUGACGACGGCUGCUGUUACAUCGCAACCCGUUCAAAUAACGACAGCCGUCACGGAUCAUCUCAGUAAGAAGAACAGUUCAGGCCAAAUAGUCAAUAAUGAUAAUUCAAAUGUAAACAGCGAUAACAAUAAUAAUAACAUAAGUUCCAGUCAUGUAAACGAUGCAAGCACAAAAACCGAUACAACGGCCGGCAGCGAAGCAACAGCAACGACGACGACGGCGGCGGCGGCUGCAAUGGCAAAUGACACAGCGGCCACAAGUGCAAUGACAAACGCAACGAAUGGCAAGAAAUCAGACGAAGAAAUGAAGAAAGAAAGUGAUAAAGCUGUAAUCGAUGCAAAUGGCAAUGCAACCACCAAAAUGGAUAGCACCGUUGCUGUUCUGGAGAAAAAAUCAAGCACACGAACGCUGGGUGAUGCUGGCGCAAGUAUGCUUGGAACAUCAAUCGUACCCGAAAAUAUCGAGCGUGAAUUGAUUGGAACGCCAAUCGAAACGAAAGUGAAUGUUAUUGAUAACACCUUAAUUAGCGGUAUGGACAGCGAAGCGUUGCUAAUGAAAGCCGACGACAUCAUCGAAAUGCCGGUGCAUGGUAAAUUGGAUGCAGGCGAUAUGGCGGCAGCGGGUAUGUCAAGCGAACAUCGAUUGGGCGACAAUAUGGACAAAGACAAUGGUAUCACCUCACAUGCUGCCGCUGGUGCCAAAAAUGAAACAUCGGAAAAUGGUGAUGCAGACUCGGAUGAGCCGACAACAUGCUGUAAAUUAUGUAAAUGUUGUACCCCAUGCUAUGCAUCAGCGUUAUGUUUGCCAUGUCGUCGAUUGAAAAAGUUGUCGUGCUGUAAUCGCGCCAAAAAAUUAGCCGAUGAACAGAAGGCGGCCGAAAUCGCAACAUCCAUAUUACAUGAAAGCGAAAAGAAGGCCACCAGCACCGUUGAUGCUGCCGCCGAUUCCUGUUGGAAACAUUUGAAAUGUUGUAAUCGCAAAAGUAAACAAGCGUCACAAAAAAUGAUGGACGAAGUGAUGACAAUGGAAGAGGAAGCCGCACGAAAAGUCACCACAACGGCAGCGGCAGCAGGAGCAGCAGCAACGACAGCAGUAGCUAAGGAGCGUGGAAAAUGUGCGUUAUGCUUGGCCAAAGUGUUUUGUUGUCGAAAAACCAACAAGAUCCAAACGAGUAACGAUGGAAAUACGACUGGAAAUGAAUCGGACGAGGAGAGUACCACCCGAUGCUGCUCCUGUUUGCCAUGCCGACGUAAGAAGAAAGAACCAAUGGCAUGGAGCGAACGUAGACAAGACAGCCUAACAAGCACCGAAAAUAUGCCAAAAAAGAGCUGUUGUGGGCGUUUGUGUGAGAAAUUGAUAUGUUGCAAGAAGAAAUCGGUAGUCGAGAGCCGUCGCACCAGUAUGAACAGCAAGAAACAGAGCAUAGCGCCAACGCUACCACCCGAAGAUACACGGCCAAAACUUGAUGAAUCACUUGUGGACCAUACAUCAAUCAUGAAAGCUGCCAUUCCCGUCUUACCCACCGGUUUGGCAUGGUUCUGCUUGAUUUGCAAUUGUUUAAUACCUGGUUCCGGUACAAUAUUUUCGGGGUUAUUUUGCCUAUGCUUGGGCAUACCAAGAUUCUCGCAACAUGACGGUGCUCGGGCACGCAUCGGUUCAUUUUUCGUCAAUUGUAUUGUCGGUGUGGCGCAAGCAUUUACACUAAUAUUCUGUCUGGUCGGUUGGGGAUGGUCGAUUUGGUGGGGAAUGAUUAUGCUUCGCACAGCAAAAAAACAUCGAAAACUUCUACAGGCCGAAGAAACGGACUUGGAAGAGGCACAAACCAUAGCAUCACAUUCGACAACAAAUCAAGCACCACAGAACCAGAGGGACAUUGAAGCUGGACGCAAGCGAAAUUAAAAAGAAGAAAAAAAAACGCACUUUAUUUCUCUCGCCUUCCGUAAACUAGGCUUCUGGGCUUAAUUUGUUUGUUAAAAAAUGCCGUCCCUAGUUUACAAUAGCUCUUAUAACGUAUACAAAAUGCCUUGCGAAGAAAUCUUUUUUUAUUUUCAUUUUGCGAGCAACAACGACGAUUUAUUACAAAACAAAAGUUAACUUUUUUUUCGUACUUCCGAAGUCAGUUUUUCACAUUUUCCGUCUUCUUGCAAUCGAAUUUAUGUUUUCUGUUCGGAAAAAAAAAUCCAAACCAGGAAUAUAUUGUUGAAUAGUUUUAUUAGAAAUAAAUUGACAAAUUUUCAUAGCAAAAAAGCAACUGUUGAAAAGAUAAGAAAACAAAAUGCCUUAAACGAAAUUGAUGAAUAUUCAAAAUGGUUCUGAGCAAAAAUUCGUAAACUAAAUAUGCCACUUCGAUCCGAAUUGCCCACGUCUUAAUUGAUGUUUGCCUUUAGUUUUACUUUUUUAUCAUUUCAAUUAACAAGCAAUAGAAACUUUAUGUGGUUAUCGCAAAUAGUUUGAACCGUUUGUGAUUUACGACGGCUGAUCUACACAAAAUAACGAUCUUCCAACACAAACUCUACAUCUUACAUAAAAUCCAAUGGAAAAGUUUUCGAUCAUAAAAACACAAACGAAAGAGACGACGAUGACUUGAUCUGAAAUACAAACAAUUGUUGUUCUCUCGAAACUUUAUUCAUGGAUAAUCCCCGUCUGCAAUUCAUAAUCAAGAAAAUCGGUAAUCGCCGAAAGGUUUUUUUUUUCAAUGUGAGCAUUGAGGCAAGUGAGAUGCACUGAAGUUUGUAAAGGCAUAUGAGAUGCACUCAUAUUUGACGCAUCAUUUUACAUCGAUUUUCUUCGAGGAAUCAAUCAUUUUGUCACAUUCUUAUCGGUGACUUUCAACUGAAACGUUCGUCAAUGUGAAUGAAUGUUUUGUUGUUGCCUCCAUACACCCGUUAAUUUGAAAUGAUGUUUUCACAACGGAAUUCUUUCUAAAUUGUGAGAUUUAAUAAUCAUGAACAACAACAAAAAACAGUCUUAUCCAAAGAAAUGCCCUUCAAUGUCCCAAGGAGUAUUCGAGAUCUUGUGUACAUAAAAAAAAUGAGUAGAUGAAAUUUUAAUAUGUUGAAAACAAUGGAAAAGAAGAAUUAAAGCAAAAACAAAACAAAAAUGAAUCAACAUUUCCACUAGCUAUUAAGUUAUCUCUUUCGGGCUCAUCAAAGAGAUGGCCAGACGAAAAAAAAAACACAAUUAAACAUUAACAACAACAAACAAACACAAAAAAAACCUUCUUAUAUUUCUUAAAUUAAUCUGUAAUAAUUGCAUUUAGAUUAAGACUUUUUAUGAUUUGUAACAUAUAAUUCGUAAAAUCGGAAUGGAACGCAAAGCCAUUCCGUGAGACGACCGGCAAAUGAGAGAGAGUUAUCACAUCAGAAUGGCCGACCAACACUUUUUUUUUGGAGAAUGAAAUGACAAAAUAAAGAGACUAUUAAAAACAAAAUUUAAAAAUAAAAAUAAA